UGAAGAGAAGCUCAUUUGACUCGGAUGUGCUCUGUCCGGCGGCGGCGGCGGGGUGGCGGCGGCAAAGGCGGCUCAGCUGAUCGAGGGACAACAUGGCGGCGGCCUUGUACCGGGCAGCUCUUACUGCCGAGAGGAUUUUGGCCCGGCGAGGUCCCCAGGCCAUUGGGUGUGCAGCAUGGGGAGGGCAGCACCAGCAGCGCCGUGAUCUCAAUGUCCAUGAGCAUGUGAGCUUCAUGCUGCUCAAACGUGCUGGCAUUCCUGUGCCAGGGUUUGGUGUGGCACACACCCCUGAGGAGGCUGUGGACAUUGCCAACAAGUUGGACUCGACAGAUGUGGUGGUGAAGGCACAGGUGCUGACUGGUGGUCGUGGCAAAGGCAAUUUCAAGGGUGGCUUUAAGGGUGGUGUCAAACUCGUUUACUCGGCAGAGGAGGCAGGUGAUGUAGCCUCCAAGAUGAUUGGUGAUAUGCUGGUGACCAAGCAGACUGGAGAGAAGGGCAUCCCGUGCAGCAAAGUGAUGGUGUGUGAGCGAAAGUUUCCCCGUCGUGAGUUCUACAUGGCAAUCAUGAUGGAGCGCUCCUUUGCUGGUCCAGUCAUCAUUGCAUCAGCACAAGGAGGCAUCAACAUUGAGGAAGUGGCUGAAGAGAGUCCCGAAGCCAUCAUUAAGGUUCCCAUUGAUAUUUCUGAAGGGGUGACGGAUGAGAAGGCAGAGGACUUGGCAAGACAGCUUGGCCUGGAGUCCCGCAUGGAAGAGACUGUUGCUGUGAUCAAAUCUUUGUAUGCAGCUUUUAUCAACAACGAUGCCUCCAUGAUUGAGAUCAACCCAUACGCUGAAGACACUUACGGCAAAGUGUAUGCUUUGGAUGCGAAGAUGAAGUUUGACGAUAAUGCAGAGUUCCGUCAAAAGGAGAUAUUUGCUGAGCGUGAUUGGUCACAAGAAGAUGCAAAGGAAGUGGAAGCCUCAAGAUACAACCUGAACUACAUUGCUCUUGAUGGCAGUAUUGGAUGUCUUGUGAAUGGUGCUGGCCUGGCCAUGGCCACCAUGGACAUCAUCAAGCUGCAUGGGGGAUCUCCAGCCAACUUCCUGGAUGUCGGAGGUGGAGCCACAGCAGAGCAGGUCAAGGAAGCCUUCAAGAUCAUCACUACAGACCCUAAAGUACAUGCAAUCCUGGUGAACAUCUUCGGAGGCAUUAUGCGGUGUGAUGUCAUUGCUCAAGGUGUCAUAGCAGCUGCUGAGGAGCUCAGCCUUAAGAUACCUAUUGUUGUGCGUCUCCAGGGAACUAAUGUUGAUGAUGCGAAGGCCCUCAUUGCCAUGUCCAACCUGAGGAUCCUUCCCUGUGACAACCUUGAUGAUGCAGCAAAGAUGGCUGUCAAACUCUCCAAUAUCAUCACUCUUGCCAAGGCUGCCAAUGUUGAUGUAAAGUUUGAGUUGCCAGUGUAGUGGAUUAAGGCACACAGUCAAUGUACAGAUCUUUAAAAACGUUUAAGCUUUUUUUUAUUGUAGAAAUGGAGACAAAUUUACUGUUAUAAAGCUUUUAAGUGUAAAUUGAGAAUAAACUUCACAAAUCAUAAAAAGUAACAGAUUGGUUCCUUUUAGAAAGUUUCCAUUACUGUAAACAUAUCUGUAAUAUCAAUCUCAUUACUGCUUUAAAACUGAAAGCUGAGAUUCCCAUUCAAUGGGAGGUUAGCUAUCUUUACCUAAUUGUAUAUUGUAAAUGUAUUACUAUUUAUAUUUAUUAAAAUGUAUGUUGCUGAAUUUAUUUUAGUGCCAUGCAUAAUUUUCAAAAGAAUCUGAAAAUUUGUGUGCAGGAGCUGUCCAGUCUGAAAUUAUUCACUGUAUUUCAAUGCAUACAGAGCUGAUAGCUGCUGUGCAUAGAACUAAAAGUACUGAUUGACUCUGUCCCAUUAAUGUGAGUGUACCAAUGUGUUGUAUAUAAUGUUAAUGAAAUAAUAUCUGAUGCAUGGAAACUUGAGGCCUUGUCACUGGAGCAACAAUAGAAGCUACUCAUACAAUUGAGGCCACACUGGUUAUGUUAGUUUUACUGGACAGUGUCUUCUUGUCAAAUGUUUGUUGAUGGAAGUACAUUAUUCAUUUAAAGUGCUCAAGUGACAAGGCCUCAAGGAAAACUUGUAUCAAAACAAACAUCUAAGAGGUGCAGACUCUAUUAAGGGUUUAUGAAUGCCAUCAUUAUGUACAUAUUUUCCAUAAGUUAUAAAAAAUAAAGCCAAUGGCAAUACAAAAGAUUGAACUAUUAAGUUAU